CCACGGGGGUUAGGGAGAGAAGUUUGAAGUUUGCCAAUGAUCAUUGACUUGUGAACUCAUCUAAAGGAAACGGACCGUUGCCUUGGAAAAAAGUAACAUUUCCCAGGAUUUAAACAUUGUUGGAACAAUUUGGAAUAUUCGCUGCCUCACGGCCACCAUCGCACUGCACAGGGCUUUUCGACAGAAAACUUUUACCAUCCAUUGCAAGCAUACUGCAGCCAUGUCGACACUUCUGAUUAAUCAACCAAAGUACGCCUGGCUGAAAGAGCUAGGUUUGGCAGAGGACAACAACGGUGUUUAUCAUGGGACAUGGGGAGGACAAGGGGAGGUCAUUACAUCAUACUGUCCUGCCAACAAUGAGCCCAUCGCCAGAGUACGGCAGGCCACCCUCAGUGAAUACGAAGAAACUGUUCAGAAGUCGAAGGAAGCUUGGAAAGUGUGGGCAGAUAUUCCCGCUCCCAAAAGAGGCGAGAUUGUAAGACAAAUCGGAGAUGCACUUAGGAAGAAGAUUGAUGUUCUUGGACGCUUGGUUUCCUUGGAAAUGGGCAAAAUCUACGUUGAGGGAGUAGGAGAGGUGCAGGAAUACAUAGACGUCUGUGAUUAUGCUGUCGGACUGUCUAGAAUGAUUGGUGGACCCAUUCUCCCCUCAGAAAGACCAGGCCAUGCCCUGCUUGAGCAGUGGAACCCUGUUGGACUGGUCGGCAUCAUCACCGCGUUCAACUUCCCCGUGGCGGUUUACGGCUGGAACAACGCUCUGGCUCUCAUCUGUGGAAAUGUCUGUCUAUGGAAAGGAGCCCCAUCCACACCACUCACUAGUGUGGCUGUAACCAAGAUCGUAGCGGAGGUGCUGGAGCACAACAGCCUCCCCGGGGCCAUCUGCUCCAUGACGUGUGGCGGGGCUGAUGUUGGCACUGCCAUGGCCAAGGAUGAGCGUGUGAAUUUGCUGUCGUUUACCGGCAGUACUCAAGUUGGAAAGUCUGUGGGCAUGAUGGUGCAGGAGAGGUUCGGUCGUCAGCUACUGGAGCUCGGUGGGAACAAUGCUAUCAUUGUGUUCGAGGAUGCCGAUCUCAAUCUUGUGGUGCCCUCUGCCGUGUUUGCGUCGGUGGGAACGGCCGGACAGCGCUGCACCACAACAAGGAGACUGAUUCUGCACGAGAGCGUCCAUGACACAGUGGUGGAGAGAAUCGCCAAGGCCUACAAGCAAGUGCGCAUCGGAGAUCCAUGGGAUGCUACCACCAUGUACGGCCCACUGCACACCGGGCAGGCCGUGGAGCAGUACCUGGCGGCCGUGGAGAAGGCCAAGGAGCAGGGAGGCACCGUGGUGUGUGGAGGAAAGGUGAUCGAUCGACCUGGCAACUACGUGGAGCCCACUAUUAUCACUGGACUGGCCCAUGAUGCCCCCAUCGUUCACACCGAAACCUUUGUGCCCAUCCUCUAUGUCCUCAAGUUUAAGGAGGAGGAGGAGGCCUUUGGCUGGAACAAUGAGGUGAAACAAGGCCUGUCCAGCAGCAUUUUCACCAAAGAUAUGGGAAGAGUGUUCCGCUGGCUUGGCCCCAAGGGUUCAGACUGUGGCAUCGUGAACGUCAACAUUCCCACGAGCGGAGCCGAGAUCGGAGGAGCCUUCGGUGGGGAGAAACACACUGGAGGAGGCAGAGAGUCGGGCAGUGACUCCUGGAAGCAGUACAUGAGACGCUCCACGUGCACGAUCAACUACAGCAAGGAGCUUCCUUUGGCACAGGGCAUCAAGUUUGAAUGAAGAACCCCGGCAACAGUCACCUUCACGGAACUGGAAACCCAAGUGCAAAACUACAAUUGUCCUGUUUUUCUUUAGAGAAUAUAUUUUGUCCCUAAAAACAAAUUUUUAUGGUUAAAGGUCAAACUAGACUGGCAGUGAUCCCUAUUUGAAGCUUGUGGCUGAUUCAUAAAUCAUUGCUAUACUUUAAGAAAAGUUUACCAUUCAUUUGUCAACAUGUAUACGUUAUGUACAUAUAAAUAGGGGUAUUCUUACAUUCUUUGCUAGGACGACAAUGUUUGUACUGUGGGAGCCCCUAGAAUCAACUAGGUUACAAUGACCUGUACCAACUCGGAUAAUCAGGGACGCAUUAGAUGUCUGUUCCAGCAGAAUGCCGUCAGUUCCGAUACAUGUUGGGAUCUUAAUCAUGCGGAAGACCAGUCUUGAGUUAUCUGCUUUGAAUCGCACUUUUGAGCAUUGAUCCGAGACACUUAGGACGGCUGUACUGCAUUGCUGCCUACCCACUGUUACAUUAAAACUCUGGUCAUUUGCAACGCAUUUCUGCGGUCCAUAAGUAUGCAAGACAUUAAAAUCAUUAAGCACUUUGAAUAAAAAAAGUUAAAUGGAAGUGUCCAAGUGGUUUAAUGACUUAAAAUGAGUGUUUGGAUAGCACAAUAAACAGGUUAUCCUGGUUUUAAAAUUA